AUGGCGGAGAUGCCCAUUGUGCUCGACGGAGGAACGGGUUUUCUCAAGGUCGGAUAUGCUGCACAGAACUUCCCCGAGCACCAGUUCCCUUCGAUAGUGGGGCGGCCCAUCUUGCGAACGGAGGAACAGUCUGGCGACAUUGUUGUCAAGGAUAUCAUGUGCGGAGAUGAAGCCGCCGCUGCCAGAUCAAUGCUCCAGAUUACCUAUCCCAUGGAGAAUGGUAUUGUCAAGAGAUGGGAUGACAUGCAACAUCUAUGGAACUACACAUUCUACGAUAAGAUGAAGAUCGAUCCCACCGGCCGCAAGAUCCUACUCACCGAACCGCCCAUGAACCCACUGAAGAACCGCGAACAGAUGGCUGAGGUCAUGUUGGAGCAGUAUAACUUUGGAGGAGUAUAUGUCGCAAUCCAGGCGGUUCUUGCACUAUACGCUCAGGGCCUCAGUAGCGGAGUUGUCGUGGACUCCGGCGACGGUGUCACCCACAUCAUCCCCGUCUAUGAGUCUACCGUUCUAAACCACCAUAUUCGCCGACUGGACGUAGCAGGCCGCGAUGUCACUCGGAACCUUAUUGCCCUCCUGCUCCGCCGCGGAUACGCCCUGAACCGUACCGCCGAUUUCGAGACGGUGCGCCAGAUUAAGGAGAAGCUCGCCUAUGUGUCUUGCGACCUAGAACUCGACAGAAAGCUCUCCGAAGACACCACCGUUCUAGUAGAGUCUUACACCCUCCCCGAUGGCCGUGUUAUCCGAGUCGGCAGCGAACGAUUCGAAGCCCCAGAGUGUCUCUUCCAACCGCACCUGGUGGACGUGGACCAGCCCGGUGUCGCUGAACUACUUUUCAACACGAUCCAGGGCACCGAUGUCGAUGUACGCUCUAGUUUAUACAAGGCUAUCGUGCUCAGUGGAGGAAGCAGCAUGUAUCCCGGUCUGCCAACACGACUGGAGAAGGAAUUGAAGCAAUUGUGGUUGACGCGGAUCCUCAAGGGCGACCCAGAAAGGCUGAACAAAUUCAAGGUUCGCAUCGAAGAUCCCCCUCGACGGAGACACAUGGUCUUCCUAGGAGGUGCUGUUCUCGCCAACCUGAUCGCAGACAAGGAAGACAUGUGGGUUUCCAAGCAAGAAUGGCAAGAACAAGGUGCUCGUGCUCUUGCCAAACUCGGACCAAGGUAG